AUGGAUUUGUCUCAGUCGACCACCUCGAAAACGCAUCGGUCAUCGUUGAGUGCCGAAGACUUGCAUGGAAUCGAACGCUACAAUCGUAUCGAUUAUAAUUUUCUGACAAGAGCAACGCCGUUGAAUGCACUGAAUGGUCGAACUUACGGAAUUACUGGUAUUUACAAUAAUAACCAAGCACCUCGAAUCUACAGAACACCUGGGAGUACGAUAACACAAACUGGUGAAACCAAGUCUUCACUGACUUCUUUGGGACAGAGAACCAAUCCGAGGAUUGGCUCCACUUGCGAGAACGGCACUCACUCUCUUCAGCAGAUAUCUGAGGAGACUCCGGAAAGCACUGCUGAUGAUAGGAUUGAUGCUCUUGCGAAGUGCGUGUCAUUGCUCAUGAUCUUGUUGGCCAUUGGAAUUAAUGAUUUUGUUUAUAAGGCAAUAAUGCCUUUAUUGGCUCGAUUCUAUGGUGAUCGAAACGUGUUUUCGCUUGAAACAUACGCUGGCGGUGAACAAGGAACAAAUUUCACAAAAUUUACGAAUAAUUCCGGUGAUUGUUUGGAUUUGUUGAACGAGCUCACGAAAGUGAGUAUUGUCUCACCGAAUCCGAAUCAGUUGAGUGCAGUGAUACAGUACAACCAACUGGCAGACUUAGCGAACGGCUCUGUGCAUGUUUACAUUUUCUUUGCGCCAAAGCUCGAUGAUUACAGGAAAGAGAAUUUUCCCGUUAGUCCAUCAGCAGUCGUGAAAAUUAAUGUUCAGCAACCGGUCAAGGAAAUUGCAUCACAGAUAAUACAGCAUUGUUUAUGGAUAUUAGUUAUGACCGAUCGCGAAUUUACUCAAGGCGUUUGGAAUGAGGUGAAAGAUGCUGAUAGCAUGAAAUGUACUACUAUCUGA